AUGUUUGGCCUUUCAAAUACAGACACUUUGAAAUGUCCCAUUACUUGUGAAUUAUUUUGUGAUCCAGUGACUGGUCAAGAUGGUCAUACAUAUGAACGAGAUGCAAUUACAGCAUGGCUUCAAAAAACUGGAACAAGUCCAAUCACACGUGAACCAAUGACUAUUGAUUCAUUACGACCGAAUCAUACUGUAAAACAAUUAAUUGAUGAAUUCACAUCAUCAUCAUCACAAAAACAUUUUCUAUUCAAAUAUGGUAUUGAUAUUAGAAAAGCAGAAAGACGAGCUAUAUUUCAAGCACCUGGUAAAAUUAUCUAUAAAGCUGAAUGGAUAUCAAAACGUGGUCCUCCUGUUGUUCUACUCAAAAUCGAUGGAGCUAAAGCAAGUCGAGAAGCAUCAUAUUAUGUUCAACUUGGUUGUCAUCCUCAUAUUGUACAUACAUAUGGUAUGGUUGAAAAUGAUACUAAUUCUCUUAUGCUUGUACAAGAAUAUGCAACUGAAGGUGAUCUUGCUGAACUUUUAAAAGAAAAUGAAUUUCGACCAUCACAAUUAGUUUUAUUAGAAAUAUUUUUACAAAUUAUUGAUGCAAUGAUCUAUCUUGCUGAUUAUGGUAUUGUACAUGGUGAUUUAGCUUGUCGUAAUGUACUUGUUUUUCGAUUUAAUGAUGCUGAUCCUCAACAAAACUUAGUCAAAUUAACAGAUUUUGGAUUAACACGUGCCAGCACAUUGUAUUCUGUUGUUGGUAGUACAGCAUCAACAACACUUGUAGUCGUUCCUUUGAGAUAUGCUGCACCUGAAAUUCUUCAAAGUGCAGGUCUAUCAAAUUAUUCUGAAAAAUCAGAUGUAUAUUCAAUGGGCAUUUUGAUGUGGGAAGCUUGUUCACAAGGACAAAUACCUUAUGCAUCAAUUGAAGAUGAUAAUGAAGUUCGUCGAUGUAAACUCAAAGGAGAAAUAUUAAGUCGACCUGAGAAUUGUGAUGAAACAUUAUGGAAUAUAAUUGUUCAUUGUUGGCAUCAAAAACCAGAAGAUCGUCCAACAUUUAAAAUUUUGAAACAAUUAUUGUUAGAAUUACAAGGACGAUCGUUAGUUAGCUCUAAUGGUAAUCAAAAUAAUGGUAUACAAAAUGAAAAGGUAGGAUGA